CUCGCCGCUUCCUCUGCAGCACCUCUUGGACAGCUACCGGUGCAGCCGGGAAGAUGACCAUCUGUCUUACGGAGAGACGGGAAUGCCGGUCCCUCCUUUCGGCUGCGCCUUUUCUACAGCCCCGAAUUUGGAGCAUGUACUGGCAGUUGCAAAUGAAGAAGGGUUUGUUAGACUGUAUGAUACUGAAGCUCAAACUCCCAGCAAACACAUCUUUAAAGUAUGGCAGGCUCACUCCAAUGCCGUGUUUGACCUUGCCUGGGUACCAGGGGAACACAGGAUUGUCACUGCUUCAGGAGAUCAGACAGCCAAGGUGUGGGAUGUGCGAGCUGGCGAGCUGCUUGGCAUAUGCAAAGGUCACCAGUGCAGCCUCAAGUCAGUUGCUUUUUCUAGAUUUGAGAAAGCUGUCUUCUGUACUGGAGGCAGAGAUGGAAACAUCAUGGUUUGGGAUACCAGAUGCAACAAGAAAGAUGGAUUUUAUAGGCAGGUGAAACAAAUCAGUGGAGCACACAAUGUGGCUGACAAACAGACUCCUUCCAAACCAAAGAAGAAGAGGCAGAACCUAAGGGGACUUGCUCCCUUGGUGGAUUUCCAGCAGAGUGUAACUGUGGUGCUGCUUCAGGAUGAGCAUACUCUUAUCUCUGCAGGAGCUGUCGAUGGUGUGAUCAAAGUAUGGGAUUUGCGCAAGAACUACACUGCUUACCAUCAGGAACCAGUGCCUUCCAAGUCCUUUUGCUACCCUGGGACCAGUACUCGCAAACUUGGAUAUUCUAGCCUGGUUUUGGAUUCCACCGGUGCUAACCUGUUUGCUAACUGCACUGAUGACAGUAUCUACAUGUUCAAUAUGACAAGUUUAAGGACCACUCCAGUGGCAGUUUUCAGCGGGCACCAGAAUUCAACCUUUUACAUCAAAUCCAGCACCAGCCCAGAUGACCAGUUCCUGGUCAGUGGUUCGAGUGACUGCAAUGCAUACAUCUGGAAGGUUUCUGAGCCCAGCCUUCCUCCACGGAUACUCCUUGGUCACUCUCAGGAAGUUACCUCCAUUGCUUGGUGUCCUUCAGACUUCACUAAGGUUGCCACGUGCUCUGAUGACAACACUGUGAGGAUAUGGCGCUUACGACAUUGUCCUGAAGAGGAGAAAUCAGCAUCCAGCAAAAUCAGCUUGGUGGGCUGGGUCACUCAGAAGAAACCACAGCAGCAUCGAGCAGGACAACCAGCCAGCCCACAGAGUACUCCUGCCAAGGCCUUCACAUCAGGCAGCCUGUGCAUGUCCUCUCCACAGCCAGCUGCCUGUGCUCCCAUUGACUCUGGUGACCUUCCCCUGUCUACAAACACUCCAACAGGCACUCUUAAAACCCAGUCAGCUGCAGCCUGCACCCCAGCCAAGCAGAGGAGAACCAGCCCAUGUGCUUCUCCCAGAUUCAUCCCUUCCUCCAAAAUGUCCAUUAAACACUGGGUUACAAGGACUCCCUCCUCUUCUCCAGAAGUGGGCAAGAAGGCUUCUUCUCCUAGAAAAGCCCUGGCAGAAGUCACCCAAGGUGUUCUGGAAGCCACUUGCACUCCUAAAGCCCUGCACUCACAGUUUGAAAAGCGUGCCAAGAGAAGGCUUGACUGCAGCAAGGAGGACAACACAGGGCAGAAGUGUCUGCAGGCCUGUAGCUGUGUGACUGAACUGGACCAUGCAGCUAAGAAAUCCAAGCUGAAUCUGUGUCACUUGGCUGCAGACCAAAAAGCUUGUGAUGAAGGCUCGCUCAGCCUGGCUGGCUUGGAUAACGACCGUGAAGGCUCCAGUCAGAGCCCAAAAGAGCCUUCCUUUCCUGGAAGCUGUGUGAAUCAAUUGAGCCUUCAAACUGCCCCCCAUCUUUUCAGAUCUCCUUGUGGGAAAGACAAUGAGGUGGUGGAUAAAGAGAAUAGCUCACCUGAAAGGAAAAACUGGUUGUCUGCUCUGGGGGAGAAGCUACGGACUGGCAGAGCUGGCAGCCAGAACUCAUCCAACAGCCCCCCAGCAUCUUGCAGUCCCGGUGCCAAGCGACAAGAGGCAGCAGCCACUCCACUGAAAACUGCUGCAACCACUUCAGUAUCCAUGCGGAAAAUCUGCACAUACUUCCACAGAAAGCCACAGAAUGACUGA